AUGGCUCUGGAAGCAAAGAACUUACCUGUCAAUGUCUAUGUUGGAAUGAGGUACUGGUACGCGUUCACAGAAGAGGCAGGGCAGCAGAUUAAGAGAGACAGAAUUACAAGGCUCGUUGUGUUGCCGUUUUAUCCACAGUUCUCUAUCUCUACAACUGGGUCAAGCAUCCGUGUUCUCGAGAGAAUAUUUAGGAUGCCUGUUUCCAUCAUACGGUGCUGGUAUCAACAAGAAGGUUACACUAAGUCUAUGGCUGACUUGAUUCAGAAAGAGUUGGAGAAAUUCUCAAACCCUGAGGAGGUAAUGAUAUUCUUCAGUGCCCACGGGAUACCAGUCAGUUAUGUUGAGAAUGCCAGUGCAAAGAUCAGACGGGGGAGUGCAUCUACCUAA